AUGGCGGACUAUCAUUUUGGAGGCUCAGAAGAGGAGAACACGGAGCUCAGGAAGCUUGAGACCGAGCUGGUCGAUGAUGCGGACAACUUCGAGACCUGGGAGAAGCUUGUGCGCGGUGCAGAAGCCCUCGAGGGUGGAAUCAAUCGCAAUUCCAAUCCGCAGGCCAUCACGACAGUGCGCAACGUUUACGAUCGGUUCCUUGCCAAAUUCCCUCUUCUCUUCGGAUACUGGAAAAAAUAUGCCGACCUAGAAUUCUCAAUCACCGGCACUGAAGCCGCAGAGAUGGUCUAUGAAAGAGGUGUUGCCAGUAUCUCCUCUUCGGUAGACCUCUGGACCAACUACUGCUCCUUCAAAGCUGAAACUUCACACGAUGCCGAUAUUAUUCGAGAUCUGUUUGAACGUGGCGCCAGCAGUGUAGGCCUGGAUUUCCUGGCACAUCCAUUCUGGGACAAGUACCUCGAGUUCGAAGAACGCGUUGAGGCCCAGGACAAGAUCUUUGCCAUUCUUGGCCGGAUUAUUCAUAUCCCGAUGCACCAGUAUGCACGCUACUUUGAGCGUUAUCGCCAGCUUGCGCAGACUCGCCCUUUGGCUGAAUUAGCACCUGCAGAGACCAUGUCCGAGUUCCGGUCGGAAAUCGAGGCCGGAUCCUCUCAAGUCCCCCCAGGCGCCAAAGCCGAGGCUGAAAUUGAGCGUGAUCUGCGGUUGCGGGUUGAUAACUACCACCUGGAGGUGUUCUCAAAGACGCAGACCGAGACUACCAAGCGCUGGACCUUCGAGUCAGAGAUCAAGCGGCCAUACUUCCACGUGACUGAAUUGGAUGAAGGCCAGCUCACCAACUGGAAGAAAUACCUUGAUUUCGAGGAAGCUGAAGGUUCUUUCAGUCGCACCCAGUUCUUGUACGAGCGCUGCCUCGUGACAUGCGCCCAUUACGAUGAAUUCUGGCUCCGCUAUGCACGAUGGAUGGCUGCUCAGUCAGGCAAAGAGGAAGAAGUCCGAAUUAUCUACCAGCGCGCUAGCUACCUCUAUGUUCCCAUUGCAAACCCCACGGUUCGACUGCACUAUGCGUACUUUGAGGAGUUGUCAGGCCGGACAGAUGUUGCCAAGGAUAUCCACGGUGCUAUCCUCAUGAGCCUCCCUAGCCAUGUUGAGACUAUUAUCUCUCUGGCUAAUCUGUGCCGCCGCCACGGUGGCCUCGAGGCGGCCAUUGAAGUAUACAAGACCCAGCUGGACUCCCCACAGUGCGAAAUGGCUACAAAGGCUGCGCUCGUUGCUGAGUGGGCUCGUCUCCUGUGGAAGAUCAAGGGCGCCCCCGAUGAUGCUCGCAAGGUGUUCCAGGAUAACCAGCAGUAUUACCUUGACAGCCGGCCGUUCUGGACUAGCUAUCUGAUGUUCGAGAUUGAGCAACCCACAAGUGCAGAGACUGAGUCGACUCAGUAUGACCGCAUCAAACAGGUUGUCUCUGAUGUGCGCUCUAAUAGUACCCUUCUCCCGGAGACUGUCAAGGAACUCGUGCAAAUCUAUAUGGCAUACCUCCUCGAACGAGGUACCAAGGACACUGCCAAAGAAUACAUGGCUCUGGAUCGUGAGGUUCACGGCCCGGCUUCUGUGGCUGCUGCUCGGACUGGAGGCACUUUCGCGGCUCCUCCCGCCGCUGCCGCACAGCCCCCAGUUGCUUCCCCGGGCCAACAACCCACUCCAGACCAAGCCGCUGCUACUGCUCAAGCAUAUGCCGCUUGGCAACAGCACCAGGCCCCUGUCAAUGGCGGACCAGUUGCCUAG